UCUGCGUUUUCGCAGCAGGGAAGGCAGCCAUGGAAAGCAAACAUUUCAUCAAGAGCGUGAUCAUGUGUGCACUCAUACUGGGACUUGUCCCGGAACAAAUCCAAGUAGCAGAGGGCAAGAGCUGCUGCAGAGACACCAGAUCAAGAAACUGUUACAACGUGUGCGGUUUUAGGUACCCCAGUAGCUCCUGCUCAAAAAUGUGUGGCUGUGUGCUCACAAGGGACCCCACAUGUCCCAGGGAAUACCCUAACCUCAACCUUCUCCCUAGCUCAGCUGAACCAGAUGCCGUUGAGUACUGCAAACUAGGAUGCAGGCUCUCAGUCUGUGACAACGUCAACUCAGCUGAGCUUCGCGAAGACAUGAAAGUCGGCGUGGAGCGCUGCGGCGAUGCGUGCGGCCGGUUCUGCAACGAUGCCACCAACAUUGCAUCCGUCGAUGCUUGAUCAUGUAUGAGCAUGCGCUGAGAUCCCGGUGGCUUACCUUCUUCGUCGUUGCUGCCGCCUCAGCCGUUAUCUAGUUCUUGCUUUAGCUAUGAUAUGUUAGCCUUUGAUGCCAACUACUGUAUGUUGCACCCUAGUAUCUGAAAUGUUGUGUGGGUGCCCCGGUUCAGCUGGUGUGUGCUCUGCUUCUAUUUUGGGAUCUUGCAUGAUCCUUUGAGGUGCUGGGCUGGGGUUCGCCGUAAUCCCCAGUCAUGUAAGAUAGUAUGUCGUGUGUGGGGUAACAAAAACCCUAGUAGUAGUUGUGAACCUUGGUUUCUCUUAGGCCUUGUUCGGUUGCGGGUGAAUCCGAGUGGAUUGAAGGGGUUUGAGGGGGAUUUAAACCUCUUAACCGAACAAAGCCUUAAUGAAAUUGGAGAGGGAGGCCUCUCUUUUGAUCAAGAAAAAGAAAUGCACUGAGAUCCCACGUUGAUCCUUUAUGUAGUAUAUCUGUACAUACUUGAGGAAGAUCUGCCAUGAGUUCCAGAAUUUACUUCGUUCA